GGCUCCACCCGCCAGCGCCCAUGCAGCCCAGCACUGCCCUUACCAUGCGGGCGGCCACACUGCUCACCCUCUGCUGCCUCACUGCGGGCUCCUGCAGGGACCCCCCAGAUUUCUGCCCCCAGGACCCUAACUUGGAUAUCCUGCCAGGAUCCCCCAAACCAAUAAACACUAAUGACCCCAGAGUCCUCAAAGCGGCCAGAUACAGUGUGGAGCGGUUCAACAACUACACCAAUGACAUUUUCCUGUACAAGGAGGCCCACGUCAGCAGAGCCCUGGUGCAGGUGGUGAAAGGCCUGAAGUUCAUGCUAGAGGUGCAGAUCGGCAGGACCACGUGCAGGAAGACCCCACACCCAACUCUGGACCACUGUGACUUCCAAACCAGCCCUCCCCUGAAGCAGACUCUGUGGUGCUGCUCCGUGGUCUGGGUCAUCCCCUGGCUCCAGUGGGUCCAGGUGCCAGUGCUCACUUGUCACUGACUUCGCCUCUGGAAGCAGCACAUGCUGCGGAUGUCUGCACUCCAGCCCCACAGUCAUGGCCCCUGCUGGCCAGCACACUCACAGUGGAUCCUAACAGAUGCCUGGGGUGACACAAUGUCAGCAUAGCAGUCCAGACCCCGUCCGCUCUGUCCCAGUGUCCUCUGAGAUCAGUUUCACAGCCACAGUAGCCCUAGACCUGGUCCUGAGGUGAGGGGUAUUGAGGACUCCCAUUCUACCAAGAGCCCAAGUCUACCUCCUAGGCUUACCACCUGGCGGAAGACCAGGCACGCUACAGAUCUGGAGCCUUCCUGGGCAAACUGAGGAGUGAAUACAGAGCUGAUGACUUAAAACAAUGCUGUGUCACUUUCUCCAGUCUGGGGACU